UUCGUAUGUCCUCGCAGUGAGGGUGAUGAGGUAGCUCAGAAAAGCAUCCCUCGAGUGACCGUGAUGUAUCCAGCUGGCCCGAUUUGUGUUCUCCACAUCCCCUGCCGCUGGUCCAGGAAACUAUUUCGAGUCUUCACCAUACUCCUGGGUGUGAAUGCCACUGAUGAGAGCCCAACAGGAAGUGUGACCUCAUCCUGCCUCUCAGUCUCUGGUUAUGCAGGCUGAUUUUGAAAGAAAACAAGAGCAGUUAUAAAGCUGACUUUCUCAAGAACUACAUGCCCUUUUAUUCUAGAAAAGAGCCAAACGAACAAGAGGCCACUGAAGAUAAAACUCUGCAAACUCCUGCACACAGUGAUGUGUGCAUACCUCUGUUAGAAGGAUGGAAUGGAUUUCCCUUUAUUACAAGACUUCUCGGCACCUGUUGACACUCUGACAUUAUUUUCAGCUGAAGAACCGCUAAGUCCUGGAUUUCUCCACUGUCGCCCGGAGGAAACUUUGCACAAAAUCUGUGAAGUUUGAACAAGCAGCCUUCCCAAGAUGUACCGAAUAUCUCAACUGAUGUUAACACCAGUGGCAAGUAAAUGUUCUUCUGGCUCUGAGAGAAGAUAUACUGGAGAGCCGUCUUCCACAUGUGUUUUCCCAAGUUUUGCCUAUGAUUUCCUAGAUGGUGACACUUCCUUCGAAUGCUGCUCUGUAGAUCUGACAGCCUCCCACUUUGCCUGUCGCCGAAGUCCCAGACUCCUCUCCAAUGGCUACUACACUUGGACAGAAGACAGUUUCCUUUGUGACAAAGAUGGCAACAUAACUCUGAGCCCACCCCAGACCAGUGUCCUUUACAAGGAGAAUUUAGUUAGAAUAUUUAGAAAGAAAAAGAGAAUCCGCCGUUCCUUUCCUAAUCUCUUCAACCUCGGUGCCUCUAAAUCCUGGCUGCAUGGAAACAUCUUUGGUGAUGUUGACUCUUCCCUAAGUGAGGACACCUGGUUAGAGGGGGUCAGGAGGCUGGACAUGUACCAUUGCAAUGAAGUCGGAGGGGAUUCUGACCGUUCCCUGACGGAUGCCUGGGAGUCAGAGCAGCCGAAUGCAGCCUCCUCCCCCAACCAUGCGGUGUCUCCGACUUCGAGACAAAACUCCCACGACGGGCCUCUUCAGUCUCAUGUGAUGGCUUCUGAACAUUUCCUGGGGAACAUAUUGGAUCAUGCAAAAACCAGUUUGUGGCGAGAGGUCUCCUUUCCAGCAAUUCUGCUGGCUGUGUGCUUCAUCAUCUACGCAUGUGCAAGAUGGUUUCUGGGAGGAAUAUUAGCCAGUGUCUUCACAUGCUCAUUGAUGAUAACUAUUGCCUACACUGUCAAGUCGUUAUUUCUUGGCCUUGCCAGCUAUGUCAAAUCCACCAUCUAUGCUCAGUCACUCUCUAGGUCUGCAGAGACUUAGGAGUACACCUCGCCUGGCACUGAUGACAGAUUCACAUGCACACUCAGUUUUCUGGGCUGAGGUGUCACUUUUCAGGACUGGACUAAGCAACAAUGUCUAAAGGACAGAUUUUCACACAAAGAGCCAUUUUGUAACUCAACUUUCAGAAGUAAAAACAUUGUCAUUGCUUGUCAGAUGGUGCAAAUUGUUCAAAUCCCUUCUCUUUGGGUUUUAAGAUGAACUUGUACAAUUAAUCAGAAAGAUGGCAGAGAGGGGUGCCUGGGUGGCUCAGAUGGUUAAGCGUCUGCCUUCGGCUCAGGUCAUGAUCCUAGGGUCCUGGGAUCGAGUCCCGCAUUGGGCUCCCUGCUAGGCGGGGAGCCUGCUUCUCCCUCUGCCUCUGCCUCUCUCUCUCUCUCUCUCUGUGACUCUCAUGAAUAAAUAAAUAAAACAUUUAAAAAAAAAAGAUGGCAGAGAAACCAUGAAACCUUGUUAAGAACUCUGUAAUGAGAGCAGAGUUUUCCAAUGCAUUGCAUGGGGACAUCUGCUCUAGAACCAACUGGAGAGCUUCUACCGUGAUUCCAGCUCUUCUGAAUCCAAAUUUCCAAGGGGCCUUCAUUUUUAACAACCUCUCUAGGUAAUUCUUUGCACAUUAACUGUGAGAACCUUGGAAAGAUGGUUAAUAAAAUCUUUACCCCUUGAUUUCUAAAGUGGCAUCACUUAACCUACUAAAUCUUUGUUGAGAACUUAUGAUACAUUCUAUGCUAUACUGAAUGUCCAGUUCUGCUCAACAGAAAUUUAUGGUCUCUCCUAAUGGUCAGACAUUGC